UGCAGAGCCACCUCCUGCUCUGGACACUGGGCUUGGGCUGGCCAGGGCAGCUGCAAUGUGAGAGCCUGGGCCAGCACACACCGGGGCCAGGGUGCCAAGGGAACCUUGCCCGAAGCUUCUCUGGAUGAAGAUGGAGAACCCACUUCUUUUAUUCCCCCAACUCAACAUUUCUGCCUCGAAGGACAAAGCCUAUUACAAAAAAUCAGUGAUUAAGGAGGAGCCACACAAGGCAAGCAAGGCUGGAGCUAAGCAGAAGAGAAACAGGCUGAGCCUGCUCCUGCAGAAACCCGAAUUCCAUGAAGGGGAUCACCUUGGCAAACCUGGAAGCUUGACAAAAGCAGCGAGCAGUGUGUCUCCUGAAGAAGCAGUGAAAUGGGGAGAGUCUUUUGACAAACUGCUUUCUGAGAAAGCUGGGCUGGACGCCUUCACAAAAUUUCUGAAAACUGAGUUCAGCGAGGAGAACAUCGAGUUCUGGAUAGCCUGUGAGGAUUACAAGAAAAGCAAAAGUGCACAUGAGCUCCUGCCAAAAGCCAAGACCAUUUUUGAAACAUUCAUACAGAAAGAUGCUCCAAAAGAGGUGAACCUGGACUUCCACACCAAGGAGGCGACGAGCCGGGGCAUGCCGGCGCGCGGCACCUUCGAGGCGGCGCAGAGCACGGUGUACCGGCUGAUGGAGCAGGACAGCUACCCUCGCUUCCUCAGGUCUGCUCCCUACCUGGGGCUGCUGCAGGGCAAUGCGCGGCCGGACCCAGCCCUGUGGUGA